AAUCUCUGCUUGUUCCUCAAUCGGUACGUCCCGCGAUGAAGCGACGACGUUGUCGUACCAGACCGCCUCUGCAUGCACUAGUACUACUGUGCUGUACUACUCCCCGUCAAGUCGCGCGAAAUCCAUAGCGCACGCAUGCAACGCUCACGGCAGCACCUCCCCUCUCCCCUCCUCGCUUCGCCUCCCCUCUCCCCUCCUACGCCAUGCACCAGUUAUCCCACCUUCGCUCGCGCAAGCGGCACUCCCGGCUCAGCGGGAAGGGGUCCUUCCCCGUCGCCAGCCGACGUGGCAGUGCGUUCAUCGCACCGCUGCUCUUUCUUCCCUCACCCUCCCUCGCCAUGCAUCGGCCAGGCCACACCAGAUGCUGCCGCCCCUGGCGUCAGCCUCGCAGCGCUGCCAUGCAGCACGGAUUUCGGACGUCAGCUCUAAUCUAAUCGAUCUAAUCUACCGUACAUGAAAUGAAACCAAACCAACCAUUCUGCACCGUAGUCGCCGCGCUCCGGUGCAGUGGCACGCAGUGGCACUCACUCCCCUCGAGCGGAGCGGGCUUUUCCAGCCUUCCUCCUCCGGUUGCGAUCCGGGGGUUUCUUGCUUCAGGCUUGGCGGGAUCCGCGGGAAUUCAGGCUGUGCUGCUCGCUGGGUGAACGCCUAAUCCUCCGCCCCUGCGCCCCUCCGCCCCUCCGCUCUUCCACCUCUCCGCUCCUCCGCCCAUCCGCUGCUCCGCCGCUCCGCCCCCCGGCCUCGGCCUCUCAGAUCUCCUCAUUUCGUUCCCCCAGGUGCGGCCAUGAUACCUGCCCUCGCUCCUCCUCGCUCUCGUUCUCGUCGAAACGGGUGGAGCCUCGCUGCCUCUGGCUCGUUCUCUCCAGCUCGCCAGCUGUGGCUCGUCGUCCUUGUAUAUCUCGCACUCGAAUUUUUUUUAAGCAGGAGUUGAGAAGGUGCAGACUUCUUCUCUUUAGCACGCACCGCUGCCGGUCGGUUCGUUGGGGAGCGUCGAGAUAUUGAUUGAGGGAGCGAUCGACGGAGUGAGUAAUUGAGGAGGUACUUCGUGAAUCUCCGUCAGAGGAGGGCGUCAGUGCCCAGGAGGAAGGAACCCGUGCCGUGACAACAUCGACUGCAGACACACGUCUUGGGACGCGGUAGCACCAGUACCCUGGGCCGCAUACGGCGGGCUGUGGCCUCUGCGGUCUCUGCGGUGUAUGGUCUCACAGCUGCAAGACUCCUCCACAAGAUACAUCGCCAUGGCGGAGGGGCUCUUCACCUCUGCAGCCGUGGCAGCAAGGGGCGCCAGAGACGCAGUGUCGUCCUUCCUCGCCUCCAUGGCCAAGUCCUACCCGUCCCCGCUCAGCUUCUCCCCCUUCCCCGCCGCCCGCUCCCUCACCUCCCUCUUCUCCCCUCUCUUCGCCCCUUUCGUCUCCCUGCCUCCUUCCCUGGCCCACCCCUUCUCCUCCCUCUCUCGCGCCAUCUCCACCCACCUCGUCCCUUCCCGCCUCCUCCCAUCCGCCGACUACCUCCUCUCCCCGCCCAUUCUCUACGCCCUUCUCCUCACCUCCUCCUACGCCCUCCUCCUCUUCCUCCUGGUCCGCCUCAUCACCCUCCCGGCCCGCAAACUCCGCCACAUCCCCGGCCCACCGUCCCGCUUCCUCAUCGGCAACAUCCCGGACAUAGCAGCGCGGGAAUUCCACAUCUGCCACAUGACGUGGGCGCGGCAGUACGGCCCUCUGUACAAAUAUAUGCUAGGCCCGCACCCCAUGGUGAUUGUUGCAUCCCCGGAGCUGGCCCGGGAGGUGUGUGAGCGGCGGUUUGACGCCUUCCAUGACCGGUUUGAGCUCACGCCGAACGAGUUCACGGCGGACCAUAUUAUCUUUGGGAAAGGGAACUACUGGCGCCGUGUGCGCGCGGCCGUGCUGCCGCUGUUCCACUCGUCGCGCCUCGCGAGCUACUCGCCGCUCAUUAACCACUGCAUGGACGACCUGCUCCGAAAGCUUGACAAGCUCGCCGUUGGAUCCAUCUCUGCAACCUCACCACCGUUGGAGCAGCAGCAGGAGCAGGCAAUGCAGCCGCUGCACCAGCAGCAGGCACUGAAGCCACAAAAGCCAGAGACGGAGGUGGGUGAAGCAUCCCCAAUUGCACAGGCGCCUGCAGAGCCACCGUCACCGUCCCCACCGCCCCUGGAACCCGCCACUCCUGGUGCUGGCGAGGCAGCACACGAAGCAGCGCAGGCUGAGAGCGGACUGCAGAGUGAAAGAUCUGGGACGGGGGCUGGGAUGGCAGCAGCAGCAGUGGAAGAGUCUAGUCCAAAGAAGGCAGUGGAAACUGCAUCUCGUCCGGCAGCAGAAGGAGCCGCGAGGAAGGGUGGUGAGAGUGGAAGGAGUGGGGAGAGGGGGGGGCACGUGGAUGUGUCUCCGCUCUUCCACCAUGCGUCAGUGGACGUGGUUGGUUCUGCUGUGUUUGGCCGCCGCUUCUCCACCUACGACGAGGGCAAGCUGGCUGGCGCGCUGCAGACUAUCCUGGAGCAGUUCAAUGUCUCGGGAGGCAAGGCGCCCUGGUCGGCGCCCAUCCAGCUGCUGCAUCUGCCCCUGGGCAGGGUGGUGCGCCGCGCGCUGGAGUUCAUUCCCGGCACGCCCGAGCGCGCAGGCUGGCUCGCCCGCCAGUACACCGCUGCUGCCGUGCUGGCCUGCCGGGACAGCAACGCCCUGGCAGGCACUGCCACUGGAGGGGCAAAGGGAGGAGGAGCAGCUGUGGAGGGGGCAGAGACCACUGCAGAAUCAGCAGGGUCUGCAGCAGCAGCACCAGCAGCCUCGGCAGCAGCACCAGCGGAAUUGGCAGCAGAUGAGGAAAAGGAGAGGCCGGACUUUAUCUCGUGGCUGUCGAACAAGACGCGCAUGGACGACGGGUCGAAGCUGUCCCUGAAGCAGGUGCAGGCCGUGGCCAUGGAGAUGGUGCUCGCUGGCUCUGAGACUGCUGCCACCACGCUUGGAUUCAUCGUCUACUACAUCGCCAAGAACCCGAAGGCAGAAGCCCUUCUCUUGGAGGAGGUGGACAAGACCCUGCCAGGCCAGCUCCCAUCCUACGACGACCUGCACCUCUUCCCCUACACCGUCGCCGUGGUCAAAGAAACCCUCCGCAUCGUGCCGCCCGCUCCCAACAUCGCGCGCCAAGCCACCUUCGACACCACGCUUGACGGCGUCGCCAUCCCCAAGGGCACGCGCUUCUUCAUCGACGCGUACACCAUCCACCACGAUCCGAGGCUCUUUGCCGAGCCCGAUGCCUUCAAGCCCGAGAGGUUUCUCCCCGGGGGUGAGGCGGUGGGGGAGAAUCGCCCGCCCUGUGCGUAUAUCCCGUUUGGCGCAGGGCCCAGGAAGUGCCUCGGGUACAAGCUGGCGGUGCAACAGCUGAUGAUUGCGGUGGUGCGCAUUUACCGUCGCUUUGUGUUCCGCUUGUCGGAGAAGCAGAUGCGGGAAGAGGUUCCGAAUCUGAGGCUCGGGGUUUCCAUGGCCGCUGUGGAGGGGAUUGAAGUGAAGGUGUACAGGAGGAGCUGAUGUGAUUCCUUGUGAUUUGAUCCCUUGUGAUAUGUCUCUUGUGAUGUGUCCCUUGUGAUGUGUCCCCUGUAAUGAGAUUCCUCGGGAUGUGUGUUAUGUGGAAGAUGCAAUACCAUAAUUGUGUUUGUUUGAUAGGAGAAUGGUAGCUGUUAUGGACGGACAUGUUAUGGCUGGUAGUUGAAAGUGACGUUUCA